GUCAGAUUUUUCAGGCUACAGCUUAAAGAGUACUUUCUUUUUGUGGAGUAAAGCCUACCACGUUAUGAAAUAUGAAACUGAAGAAUUACUACAUAACUAACUGAUUUUAUUACGGCUGCCUUAGGAAGCAAUGAGUAGACACUUCAAAUUAUGUCAUAAGACCUCUUUUCCAAAUGGCAACCUGUUCUGCCAUCUCAUUGACAAAAUUAUUAAGAGACCCUCCUUACAAUUUUUGGGUCAGUGGGGAUACCACUGUUAUGAACCUAGGAUUUACAGAACACUGGCAAAAAUCCUGAGGUAUGUGGACUUGGACGGGUUUGACCUGCUUCUCACAGAUUAUAUUGCUUUUGUGGAAAAAUCAGGAUACCGUUUUGAACUAAGUUUUCAUCUUGAAUUUACUGAAAUAUGUGUGAAUACGAUUUUGUACUGGGUUUUUGCCAGAAAAGGUAAUCCUGACUUUGUAGAACUGCUUCUCAAGAAGACAAAGGACUACCUUCAAGACAGAAGUUCUCACCUGGCACUAAUAUGGAGAACUUUCACGCCAGUUUACUGUCCGAGCCCACUAAGUGGCAUUACACCUCUCCUUUAUGUAGCUCAGACAAGACAGUCUAGUAUCUUAAAGAUACUCCUGCAGUAUGGAAUCUUAGAAAGAGAGAAAGACCCUCUCAACAUUGUCUUAACAAUACUACUCUACCCAUCAAGAGUGAGAAUAAUGGUUGAUCAUGAGUUGAUUGACAUCGAGGAAGAUGCCAAAACAUGCUUAGUGCUGUGUUCCAGGGUGCUUUCUGCCAUUUCAGUCAAGGAAAUAAAGACGCAGUUGAGUUUGGGAAGGCGUCCAAUUAUUUCAGAUUGGUUGGAAUACAUUCCUCCAACAAGAUACAGGGAUCCGUGUGAACUAUCGCAUCUUUGCAGAAUAACCCUGAGGAGUCAACUAUUAAUCAACAAUAUGCUCCCAGAUGGAAUAUUUUCACCUCAAAUUCCUGUUCGUCUACAGAAAUACCUGAACUUAGAAAGUUAAUAUGUAUUUUUAUCCUAAGUUAUUCAAGGAUGAUCACCACUGCAUGGCUUAGAAGUUAAUAAACUAUUAACUUCAUGUAAGUUUUUAUUGGGUAGAACAUUCCACUAGAAAAUAUAUUUUCACAUGAUGUCCACAAUCACAAUGGUACAAAUUAUACAUGUUAUGAUAUAAACAGAAAAUAUCUAUUUUGAUCCAGCAUUAUAUCAAAAUGAAAUUUUAUCUGUUAAACUGUUAAUGUUACAAAGAAACUUACCUAAGAUAUAAAAUUUAUGAAAAGACAAAACUUUAGAUCUAUUUAAAUACUCAGGGCACUAGACUUUUCUGUCUAUAACUAUGAGGUCUAGCUUGUAAAACAAAGAUGAUAAUUGAAGGAUAGUUCUCUUUGGGUCUCUGAUGUUUCUACCUGUCUUAUGAGCAGAGGCAUAGUCAUUUGUUACAGACUAUUUUCCAGGACAUUUGUAUUGUAAGCCACCUUGAAAGACAGAGAUAAUGUCUCUCUGUGGAGAAGAGAGUGGGUUUGCUUACUGUACGCAAAGCUCAUGGUGCUUGCUGUAUCAUUAGUAAUAAAGUUCUGUGUUCUGACCCAGCACUGUGAUAUGCUAAAUUGCUAGUCUGCAUGGGAUGAAAAUCUCAAUGCUUUACACUUCUUCACAAUGCGCAUCUGUCCCUACUUCAUGAUAGUAUAUUUUAGGACUUGUCUUUGUAUACUAUGUCAGAUACUUAGUAGGAGUCUCCAUUAUCCACUUGCAAUCUGGGUGCAAUAAAAAAUUUCCACAGUUCAUAGAAAAAGUGUUUAUUCUGGUGUUAUGAAUACAUAAUAAACUAUAGCUAUCAUAGUAUCUAAAGAACAGAAUAUAAAUAACAAAGUAACACAGACAUGGAAUGAUAUAACUGGAUUACCUCCUUUUUUUCUAACUUGUAAUACAAAUAUGUUACAGGAUCAAGGUAUAGAAAUGUUUACUUUUACCCUUAAUAAAAAUAUAUUUAAUUAGAACUGAGAAUAUAUUUAACCUCAAAAGAAGUUCAUCAUUACACAGUGUAUUAACACGUGAGUAUUUCCUUCCCUAGUAACAUGUAAGAUAGUUAUAUAUUUCUGGAAAAUAUGUGUCAAUGUAAAGAAAUUCAAAAAGCUAUCUUUAUUCCAGCAUAUGUAAAUAUAGUAUAAAAAAAUUGCUAAUCUAGAUGUAGUGAUCUGUCUGGGAAGAUAUUUCAGCAAGUCUUUUCAUAGUCACUCUACUUUCCAUCUUUUUGUUUCACCCUUCUUACAUCCCCAUCUUUAUGAGCGCAUACUGACUGUGGCCUAGUCAUCACUUCCACUGCACAUGGCUCAGACCUAUUCUAGAGAGUGGGCAGUAAGCAGCAUCUAAAUUUCAGGAACUUCUUCCUACUGGGAUUCUGACUCCGUGUAUACUUUUCAACAUGGUUCGUUACCCAAAAUCACAUUUAAUGCUUUCCUUCUGUGUUUCCUAAAGUGCCAUAGUGCAGACCUGGUGGCACAUGCCUAUAAUCCCAGCACUUGGGAGGCUGAAGUAAGAGGUUUGCUAUGAGUUUGAGGCCAGCC